AUGCCGCACGCGUGGCAACUCUGGCUUUCUCCACGGCCAUCUCGUACACCCACGAACUCUAAGGCCCAGAUCUACGGUGCCCACGAUGCAGUGCUCUUUGAAUUCAUCCGCCAAGAAGGCAACCGCGAAGUGGUGAGAGAAACACAUCAUAUCGAUAACAAAAUUGUCAAAGACGGCCUAUCUGGACCUCCAAUACACAUACACAUGUUUCAAGAUGAAUACUUUCAGAUAGAAAGCGGCGUGAUAGCGGUCCAGAGGGGCUGUGAGACAAUAGUAGCUAGCCAAGGCGAUGGAAUCAUCAUGAUACCUGCGGGCACUCGACAUCGCUUCUGGGCGCACAGCUCUGGUGCAGAGGAUCUCGUCUUCAAGGUGUGGGCUCAGCCCCAGGGCCUCGAGCGCGGAUUCGAUGAGAAGUUCAUCCGGAACCUCAUUGGAUAUUCUCGCGACUGCCAGCGCGCCAACAUGGAGCCGUCUCCUUUUCAACUCAUGCUCUUUGCCGAAGCCAGCGGAACCGUUGCAUCACCGCCUUUCUGGUUGCCCAUCUGGUUCUUGAAGUCAGUGCAGCGCGUCUUGGCAUAUGGAAUCGGUGGGUUUUUAUUAGGAUACAAGGACGGAUAUCCCGAGUACAGCGAUGCCUGUGCCGGAUCUGAUUCGCAC